GUUAUAGAUUUAACUUAAGUUUGGCCAUUGGGAGGGUGAUGGAUCCUUGCCCAUUCGUCCGGCUCGUAGUUGAGUCUCUUGCGUUGAAGUUACCGCCGGUGGCGAAGAUCGCCGUCCCGGGCGCUCACCCCUCCUCGACCCCUUGCUCUUGCUCCAUCCAUCUCCAGGACUUCCCCGCACAAACCGCUCCUCUCCCCCUGUCCCUUGGCCCCACGUCGUCGGGCGCUAACAUGAUAGAUGUCGCCGCCGCCACUUCCGCUGCGUCGACGUCUCGAGUGGUCAUCAGCCUCGAUCCGGCCGCGUUACAGAGGAUGUCGAAGCGGCCAGCGAUCCUGACCGUGGUGGUCUACGCGGGCCGGAGCGGGAAGUACGCCUGCGCGCUUGCCUCGGGCCGGAGGCUGCUCGGCCAGGUGAGGGUGGCGGUGGACCUGGAGGCGACGGCGGGGCGAGCGGCGGUGGUGCAGAGCGGAUGGGUCAGCAUGGGGAGCGGGCAAGGCGCUGCGCGGCUCCACUUGGUGGUGCGGACCGAGCCGGACCCAAGGUUCGUGUUCCAGUUCGGCGGCGAGCCGGAGUGCAGCCCGGUGGUGUAUCAAAUCCAGGGAGCAGGCGGUAGCGGCGGCAGUGGGAUCAUUCGCCAGCCAGUGUUCAGUUGCAGGUUCUCCGCCGCCCGACGGCAGAGUGGCAGACCGAUCGAUCCCGCAGGACUAAUUAAUACAAUUUUCCACAGACUACUGCGAACGAAGUUCGGUGUUCGAAGAUGCUUCUUUGGUUCGUUCGCUGGUGAAGGAGAAACCGAGAUGCGCGAGCAGCGCAAGGGGUGGACCGUCACCAUCCACGACCUCUCGGGUUCUCCGGUGGCGGCUGCCUCGGUGGUCACGCCUUUCGUCCCAUCUCCCGGCUCGGACCGCGUGUCCCGUUCCAAUCCGGGCGCGUGGCUUAUCCUGCGCGCCGUCGGCCCCUCCACCGCGAACUGGAAGCCGUGGGGCCGUCUCGAGGCCUGGCGCGAGCGUGGGUCCCACGACGCCGUGGGCUACCGAUUCGAGCUCGUGCCAGACGCCGGAACCAGCAACGCCUGCACCCCCGCCACCGAGUCGUCCUCGAGUAUCGGCGUCCGGCGGGGCGGAGUGUUCCGCAUCGAUGUCGGAGUCGGCGGCUGUGGGUUCGUGAUGGCGUCGACGGCGGAGGGGCAGGGGAAGGUAAGCCGUCCGACGGUCCAGGUGGGGGUGCAGCACGUCUCGUGCAUGGCUGACGUGGCGUUGUUCGUCGCGCUGGCGGUGGCAGUUGAUCUCAGCAUGGACGCGUGUCAACCGUUCAGUCAGAAGCUGCGCAGGGAGCUUUGCCAACUACAGCCGUAGGCAGGUCGCUUUAUGAGUUUCUCAAAUUUUAGGAAUUUUUUAAUCCUCAAAAAUGGAAUUUUGUGAGGGAGAGAAAGGAUGAGUAAGGAGGAGAUUUAUAUAGGGGGUUUAUACUAUAAAUUCUUUAUUAUUA